CUCCGUCUCUAGUCAUCAUGCUCCACUUUAACGGAAGACCAUGAUCCGCUCACUGAGGUCCGUAGAACAUACAGCAUGACAAGUAAAGGUGAAUAAAAUGGCACAAUCCAUCAUCUUUAAAUGAAUCAUCUUCUUUCUCAUAUACUAUCGAUCGCUGAAAGAGUUAGCAUAAUUUAUACAACCAUCAUCAUCUCAAAAUGCAUCUCUCCUCCCAUACCUGGAUGCGUCCUGAGCCUCUCGAGCAGACCCUCCAAAGACUCGCCCGUCUCGGUUACGCCAGCAUCGAACUAGCCGGCGAGCCCGACCAAUUCCCCAUAGAUUUAACCCACCAGCUUCUUCAGAAAUACAACAUAAAAUGCUGGGGAACCGUCACGGUCAUGCACGGCAAGCGAAACUUGCUCGCCGCGGAUCCUCAACAACGACGAGAUACAAUCGAGUACAUGAAGCAAGUCGUCAACAUGUCCGCUGAGCUCGGCGGCCAAAUCACCACCAUCGUUCCUGGAACCGUUGGUACUAUUAUCCCUUCUUCUACGCCGGAGAAUGAGUGGAAGUGGGCGGUUGAAGGUCUUCGUGAAGUUGCGGCUUUUGCGCAGGAGAAGGGUAUCAAGAUUGGCCUUGAACCUUUGAAUAGGUUCGAGACUUACUUUCUCAAUCGAUCGAACCAAGCUCUCGCUCUCGCUGAUGAGGUCGGUUAUGGCGUCGGGGUCGCCUUUGAUCCUUUCCACUUAGCACUUGAGGAGAAGGAUCUCAUUGCAGCUAUCCACGCUUGCAAAUCUCGGAUCAUCGACUUUCACGUAGGUGAUAACAACCGACUUGCACCAGGAGACGGAUCGUUGGACUGGCCUAAAAUUAUGAAGGCACUUUCUGAGGCUGGGUACGAUGGUGGUCUGGCUGUUGAGUUUAUGCCAUCGAUUGAUCGUACACCGGUUGGAGAUUACGGGAAGGUUCAGUUAGAGACGGGAGAGGUUGAUGUUACGCCUGAUCAACUCCAGUUCAUUAUCGAUCACGGGUCAGGAUUGUUGUCUGAAACUUAUUAUACGGGACUUUUGAGGAGAUCUGCUGAGACGUUGGCGCCAUAUGUUGAGAAAUAAGCCAUGGCGAGUCCGGGAGAAUGAGCUCAGUCAUCAACAACAUUUUCUGUUCAAAAGUGCUCUGCAAAUAAAUGA